CUUUCACCUAGCCCCCUUCCACAAACCCCGUUAAUUUUAGCACCAUUUCCUAGUGUACUCGUGCGCUUCGAAAAUCUUUAAGAUUAUUCCUCUGAUUCCAUCCCCUUUGUUCCUCUUUUAUCUUUCUGACAUGGCAUCUUCUGGUUCUGGCACUGGCUCCCCUUGUGGUGCAUGCAAGUUUCUGAGACGAAAAUGCGCCUCUGACUGUAUAUUUGCUCCUUUUUUCUGCUCGGAACAAGGCCCCGCAAGGUUCGCCGCCAUCCAUAAAGUCUUUGGUGCUAGCAAUGCCUCCAAAUUGUUGCUGCAUAUCCCUGCUCAUGUUCGUUGUAAGGCGGUCGUCACCAUUGCUUAUGAGGCUCAAGCAAGGAUUCGAGAUCCCGUUUACGGUUGCGUUGCUCAUAUUUUCGCCUUGCAACAACAGGUGGCAUAUCUCCAAGGUCAGUUAAUGCAAGUGAAAGCUCAACUAGCUCAAAAUGCUAUGAAUUCACAUCACAUGGAGAAUCAAUGGCAAGGCAAUCUUUGUGGUACUGUUCCUUCCUUUACAAGUUAUCCAACCUACGUGAACCCCAUUUCUCCACAGAGCUCACUCGAGUCGGUUGAACUCAACAGUGGUGAUACCAUGAAUAUGCAAGAACUGCAAAGCAGUGAGGAGUUUCAUAUCCUUAAGAAGAGACCCUACAAUAAUGAUUUGGGUGAGCUUCAAGCACUUGCCCUUAGAAUGAUGAGGAACUGAAACUAGACCAUCCUUGUCUCUUUUUUUCUUCUUCUUUAUGGAGUACGAUUCUGCUUCUGCUCUGAUGCUGAUGAUUGUAUAUACGGAGAGUGUUUCCGAGAGAAAUUAGUACUAAACUUUCUGGUCAACCAAACAAUAUUGCCGUUUUCCUGUUUGUUCAAUCAGACAAUUUUUUAUUACAACUUGGAAU